AUGGAUUGUAUUUCCGGUUACGAGCGCGGGCCGAUCGAGAAGAACAAAGUCGCGAGGUUGCUUGUCUCGGCGAUGUUUGGACCGGCACUACGCGGAGCAAAGACCAAAGAGAAAAGGAAGGCGUUGCAGAGGAAUCGCGAAGGAACGAUCGCGAGUUCUAUCGCGUUUCCACGAGGCGCGUACACGAAACGAGGCGGAAGCGGAAACAACGCAGAUAAAGGAGUCGAUAGCUCCGAGCUUUAUCGACGAUCAUCCUUCGGCGAACCCUCGAAAUCGCUGCUUGCCCACGGAAUGGCCAAUCCAGUCCAACUGACGGAAGAGACAUCGAUGGAAAAAUGCGAGGCACCCAGGCACCCAGGCACCCUCUUGUAUCGAACACCACGGCGACACGAAUCUUUCAGAGGGUAAAUCGAACGGGAACAACUGCGAGAUGGAUCGAA